ACAGAGCUCGCUCCGCCAGCAAUCCCGCCAGCUCUCCUGCUCCAGGCCCCGCCGCCCCGACCGUCUGAGCCGAGCCCCAUGGCCCGCGCCGCCACCGCCACCGCCUCCUGCGCUCCCCGGCUCCUCCGGGCCGCGCUGCUGCUCCUUCUCCUGGUCGCCGCCACCCGGCACGCGGCAGGGGCGCCCGUGGUCAGUGAACUGCGCUGCCAGUGCUUGCAGACCGUGCAGGGGAUUCAUCUCAAGAACAUCCAGAGCGUGAAGGUGACGCCGGCGGGCUCCCACUGCGCCCAAACCGAAGUCAUAGCCACUCUCAAGAAUGGACAGGAAACUUGUCUCAAUCCUGAAGCCCCCAUGGUUAAGAAAAUGAUCGAAAAGAUGCUAAAGAAGGGCAGCGCCAACUAACCUGGAGAAAAGGAGGAAGUGUACUGGUUGCUGUUGGCAGCCUUAAAGAAGAGAAACAAAUAGUUCUCGGGGUCACCUGGACUGUGUUUAAUGUGUUUGUUUCUUAUGAGAGUUCUUCUAUUUAUUUACAUAAGUAUUUAUUUAUUUAUUUUUCAAAGCUUGUAUAUUAACAUUCUAAUAUUUAAAGAUUUGAAUGUUUGCUGGUUCACUGUACUGUGUGAAAAGGUUAUUUUCACGUUAAAUCAAAGUUAGUUCACUCCUGACUAUUAAUUUGCAGAUCAUGCAUUUUAAAUGUUGAAGAACAUUUAUUAAACUAAUAUUUUGAGGGAGGGGUUGAGGGGGGAGACCACACUAUAUGUGCACUGUGAUAAAGGCUGGGGAUAAAUAAUGGGAGAGAUCCAAGUAAAUAGAUCACUGUUCAGGUAGGGGAAUGUAUGUGUAUAUCUAUUUUUGUACUGUUGAGAAGAACGUCAGUUGUUAUUUAUUGUAGCAAUUUCAGUAUGUGGUCAACAUGUCUGAUGUUGAAGCUUUAAAAACUACGAUGUUCUAAAUAUCCCUUGGACAUUUUAUGUCUUCCUUGUAAGGCAUAAUGCCUUGUUUAGCGUUAAUUAUGCAGUAUUUCUCUAUGUCUUGAAAUAGAGAAGUUUAAAUAUUUAUUGAUGUAUUUUUACAAAUACCAUGAAAAUAAAGCUUUUCACAAACA